AUGGACCCCGACGUCUGCCGCAACUGCGGCCACAGCGGCAAGCACAUUGACUUCCGGGACGCCCGGUGCGCCAUCACGGAGCGCGAUGACGCCGAGCGCGACAAGCUGCAGGCCGACGCCGCCCUCGAGCGCGCGCGGCAGCUGUGCGAUACGUCGCUGGCCCUCAUGAAGCGCCAGAUGCAAGAGUUCGAGGACGUCAACGCCGCCAUCGACACUCUCGAGCGUGCCCUCGCCGCCGCCGAGGACCGCAGGGAGCGCGUUCGGCGCGACUGCGGCACCCACGCCGACGUGUGCCGGACGGCGCGGUCGAACCUGCAGGCGGCCGAGGAGAUGGCCAUCUCGGCGGCCGGGCGGUAUUUCCAGGCCGGACGGGCCGUGACGGCGCUGGAGGAGAGGGAGCAGCUGCGGGCGUCGGCUGCGCGUGUCGACGAGGCGCCGGCGGCGAUUCCAAUGGAGGAGGACGACGAGGAGGAGGGUGGGACGAACGACGACGGGGGAGAGGGAGAGGCGGCGCGGGAGGCGGAGGAUAAGAAGUGGCAGAGGUCCAACGAGCGCUUCUGCAAGUGGCUGAGGCAGUCGGAGGCGCAGCGGCAGAUUCUGAAGUCGUCGUGGACGAAGAUGAGGGUCGCCGAGCGGCUAGCCCUGGCCGGCGAGGACGUCGUCGACAAUCACGGUGACGAUAACGAUGACGACGACGAGGAGGUCGCGCGGCGGAAGAGGGUCCAGGAGUGGGCGGCGGCGCGACGGCUUACGGACCAGCUGCCCCCGGAGGAGGAUCCGACGAUGGAGACAGAGUACCUCGAUGGUGAUGGCGCCGCCUCCGCCACCGGCGGCUCCCUCACCGGCAAAGACGGCCCCCACGCGUCGCGCACCGGCAUCAAGGACGAGAGCAAAGACAGAAAAGGCAGCGAAAGCGGCAGCGGCAGCGGCGGCGACAGCAACACAGACGACACCGCCGACCCCGGCGAGGGGACGCGCACUACGCACCGCGCGGAGGGUAGAGAGCCAGACGCGCUCGGAGCCGACGAGACCGACGACGGCGACGACGGCGGCGACGAAGAUCAAGAAGGAGCCUGCGACGACGCGGAAACCAGCUCCGGCGACGAAGACGGGUGGGACCGCUACUGCUGCGAGCUCCGAUGGCGCCGGCGGGCGGCCGGCGGCAAGGACUCGGGCGCGGACCGGGAAGACGCCGGGGCCCGGCCCGGGCACAGGGACGGUACCGGCGGAGGCGGCGGCGGCGGCGACGGCGGCAACGACUCCAGGGCGGCCGCAGAGAGUUACGAGACGGAGAUCAGCCAGGGUGCAGCCGUAUCCGCAGCCGAAUGCGCAACCGAGGUGGAAGUGAGGAAGCUUUUUGUCAUGUGUUGGGAAUGGCUUGUGGAAGUGUAUAUAUAUACAUGUUUGUUGAUGGCCGGAGGACGCAGGUCGGUCAUGAGGAGGGCGUCCCUCCCUGUACAUACAUACCCAGAUUGA